CUCCACAGUGUCAGAGGCAGGCAUCCAGUCAUGAUGGCUUUCUUUUGGCAACGUGCACUGCUUUUGAGCCUGGCCGCUGCCAUGUCGGUAUAUGCAGACAUGAAGCUGAAGUGCGGCCCAGAUUUUGUGACGCUGGUGUGGACGGAGAGCAGAUCCCAGGCUGAUUUCUCGCUCUUCCGUCUGGGUAACUGCUUCCCCACCAGCAUCUCUGCCACCGAGGCUGUUUUCAGCGUGGAUGUCAACGAUUGUAACUUCAGGAGAAUUGUAACUGGGGAUCACUUGAUGUACACCAAUGAUCUGACCUAUAGUUCCUCUCCUGACUUCACUUACCCCGUUGCCUGUGCAUAUGAGAGGCCUAAUAACUGGUACCCUCUGAUUUAUGAGCCAGUGUUCAGUACAUACGGUCUAGGAGCUCUAGUGUUCCACAUUGGACUCAUGAAUGCUGACUUCUCAGGCCCAGCUGAAUCCUCUACCUUUCCUCUGGGCUCCUUUAUCCCAAUCAUGGCUAGCGUGUCUCAGAUGACCCAUCAGCCCUUGCUGCUGCUUCUUGAGGAAUGCGUAGCGGCUACCACAGCGGAGCUGCAGCCUGAGAGCACUUUGUACCCGAUAAUCGCCAAUAAGGGAUGUCUUGUGGACAGUCUGGUAUCACGCUCUAAAUUCGAACAAAGGAAAAAAUCAUCUGAGAUCCAUCUAUCACUUCAAGCCUUUAGGUUUGGUCUCGGCGAACGGGUGUUUAUCCACUGUAAACUUGUGGCUUGGGAUCCCAACGGUAUGGACAACACCAAGAAGGCCUGCCACUAUGUCAAAGAGCAUGGCUGGGAGCUGCUGGACAACUCUGCAUACAGCAAUCUCUGUGACUGCUGUGAAUCUGACUGCAAGUCCAGGAGGAUCAGGAGUACAGCAUCAGGGAAGCAUGGUGUGGUUCAAAAUGCUGUCCUUGGGCCACUUACCAUCACUGAUGUGAAUUCCUGAAGUAUUUUCAAGAAACGGAUCCAUCCUGCACACUGGCUCCUUCAAUCUGAAUUGGAUUUUUAUUCUUGUGUCUUGUAAGCUUCUAAAAGCUUGAUGCCUGUCUCUUUGCAGUUCAGAUCAUGAUGAAGUCAUUAAAGAUGCAACUAUGUACUUGAAAGGGCUCCCAUUAUUAAGCUU